GUUGACUCUGAAUUAGGCACGUUUCUUUUCUUUUGGCGGAUCCGAUUUCUGUUAGUGCUCGUGAUGCAUUUUCGUUAUCAAAUGGAUUGAAAUCGAAUAUCUUAAAGUUUACAUUAUAGAUAGUUGAGUGUUCCGAGAACAAACUUUCAUUACAUCGCGUCUGUGGUGAAGAAUAAAGCCUCCGUUCAAAAUGGAUCUGCUGCAGCAGCUACACCGUCUCAACCGGAAACCUAUGUCCAACUACACGGUGGAAUGUUUCAAUCGGGCCCCACACCUGCAAAAUGCUGAUGUAAUAGCCUAUCGUACCUACGUGCUUAAGAAUGGUCCCUUCAUCGACGAAAGCGUCGCUGCGGAUUUACUCAAGAGCAACAAGAAAGCGUCCGAGGUGCGCCUGGUGGGCAAUCGGUUGUUCCUGGCCAAGGAUUCCAAGGCGGCUCUCGAGAAAUACAACGAGAGCAUUUGCUGGGCCGAAGGCAACUCUGAGGAUUUGGGGAUCGGCUAUGCAAAUCGAUCUGCAAUCUACUACGAUAUGGAAGAGUACGAAUUGUCCCUGCACAACAUAGAGCUUGCCAAGAAGCACAGCUAUCCGCAACGGUUGAUGCCGAAGUUGCUCGCUCGAGAACUGAACUGCAAGGAGAAAAUAACAAACGGUCAUUCCAAACGUGUUCAACGGUGUCUGAAGUUGGCAAUGAAUGUGGAAGUAAACCCAAAGAGACCCUUCAUGGCUGCUGGUAUCGAACAGAAGGAGCUUCCCAGUUACGGACGAAGUAUGGUGGCUGAACGUGCCUUCAAGGCGGGAGAUGUGAUCCUGCAGGAGCAAGCCAUACUGACUUCAAUAAGUCCGGAGCUGAAGUUUAAAAAUUGCAAUCAUUGUUCGGUCGACAACUUUCAUAGCUUGAUUCCCUGCCCUAAUUGUGUCUCGGUCAUGUACUGUAGCGUGGAAUGUCUGGAGAAGGGACUAAAGUUCAGUCAUCGGUUCGAGUGUGGCAUUGCAGAAAAAUUGCACCACAUUUCCUACGGAAGCAGCCGGAUUUUCAUGGGAACGAGAGCGUUCUUCUACGGAUUGACUCUGUUCAAUGAUGAUGUGCAGAAGAUGAUGGAGUAUUGCAAAGCGAAUGAUAGAACGGGAGCCGAUCCGUUCACCCUGGACUACACGGACUACGAUCCACUGGAGGAAUUCAAGAUUUUCCACAAGGCCAAACUUCCCACCAACAAGUUUCUGUACGAGGACUCGUUCCGAUUCUACGCUGCAGUUUACUAUUCGAUAUAUAUAAAGCACCCUCUGGUGCGUUCCAUCGUCACCACAAGAGCCCAGAAGGAUUUCAUGCUCCACAGCUUUCUGGAUUACAUGCGCAUCAUCGGAUUUUUGAUCAUUGGACCUCGGCAGAACUUUACCAACCAGCUGUACUCGAUUGCGUCUGUUUGUAACCAUUCGUGCGAUCCGAACACUGCCGCCGCCACCUACUUCGGCCAGCUCAAGUUCAUCGCCAUCCGGCCAAUCUCGAAGGGCGACCAGAUCCUGGUAUCCUACGGUCCGCUGGCUAGAGAGUAUUCGGAUAACGAAAGACGCCAAGCCAUAAAAAUGUACCAUUUCAAUUGUCUUUGCGACGCGUGCAAUGUGGUCCAGUUGCGAUGCAAGUUAUCAGCUGCCAAAAAGCUUCCGCCGAUUCCAUACAAGCAUCUGAUCACUGUUCAAAAGCUGAUCGAAGAUCCGAAUACCAACGAUGCGGGCAAGCUGAACAUGUUACAGCAGUUUGCCGAACGGUAUGUGUACGCACAUCCUCGGAAUGACUACGUCGUACUGCUGGACAUCUACCGGGAGCUGCUGCUCACCAUGUUCACCAAGGAAGUGCAGGAUCAACUGCGAGCCAAGGCGAACCAAUUGGCUUGAUUUUGUUUUGCUUCACCGUUGAAACGGUUGUGUUUAUUUUUUUUUUUCCUUUCAUAUUGAAUUUUAAUUUUUUGUUUUUUUUAAAGAAUUGAAUCACCUAAUUGCUUCUGUUGAUUUAAAAUACACUAUAUCGAAUGUUGAGUCCUCGACACAUAAUGAACUGUUUUUUUUUUUCAUACCGUGUAUAAUCAAAUUUGCCGCUUUUCCACUGAAUAUAACUGCAUAAAAAUACAU